CGCAGUCCGUGGUCCGCGUCCGUAUUUCAUCCUGGCCCGCGACGAGCAGCUGUUCAUGCUUCGUGGUAAAAUAUUUGAAGUUACGUGUGCAAGGAACUAGUUUUUUCGACAGGCCUCAGAAUACUAAAAAAAAUCAUGUUAGAGAAAUUCCGUGUGGAAAAUUGUCCAGACUAUGUCUACUACAUUCAGAAUUUUCUUACAGUGGAAGAAGAAAAUCUGCUUUUAAAGAGUGUGUACAAUGUUCCUCAAACUAAAUGGACACAGCUGUCAAGAAGACGGUUACAGAACUGGGGAGGAAUUCCUCAUCAUAAUGGCAUGAUCCCAGAGGCUAUUCCACAGUGGUUGCAGACAUGGAUUGAAAAAGUUGCAGGAUUCCAAGUUUUUUCUCAUCUUCCAAACCAUGUUUUAAUUAAUGAGUACAAGCCAAAUGAAGGAAUAAUGCCCCACUUAGAUGGACCAUUAUACUCAUCCACGAUAGCCACUAUUAAUCUUGGUUCCCACACAGUCCUAAACUUCUACAAGUCUGAAAAAAGAGACAAGAUUGCAUUCUCUUUGUUCCUUGAGGCACGUAGUCUGCUAAUUCAACAAGGAGACAUGUAUGAAAACUAUUUACAUGGAAUUGAUGAAAGAAGUGAAGAUGUUAUAGAUAAUUCCAUGGUCAAUGUGCACAAUAAUGAUCUCAUCAGCCAAUCUUUGAAAAGGGGUACACGUGUUUCACUCACAAUAAGGCAUGUACAGAAAAUUUCAAAAAUUAAAAUAAAGCUGGGGCGGUAGAUCUGCUUGAAGCUAAAACUAA